AUGCCAUACUCUUUGUCGGGUCGCAAUGUGUUGAUCACGGGGGUUCUCGGCCUGGGUGCACUCUCAGCCGAGAAGUUUGCCUCGGAGGGAAGCAAUAUUGCAAUUAAUUACAUGAACAACAAGGAAGUCGCAGAGAAGGUCGCUUCGGACAUUGCAAGCAAAUACAACGUGAAAACAGUUGUCAUCCAAGGUGAUGCAGGAAAGAAGCAAGACUGUAUCAACGCCGUGCAUGCCGCUAUUGAGCAGCUGGGCGGCUUGGACAUCAUCAUUUCGAACGCCGGAUGGACCAAGAUGACGAACUUUGGGGAUCUCGAUGCCAUGGACGACGAUGAUUGGGACAAGUGCUGGUCUAUCAACGUCAAGAGCAGUUUCCACCUGUUCAAAGCGGCUCUUCCCACAUUCAAUGCGAAUCCAGAUGGUGGUGUGUUCCUCAUCACGGCUUCAAUUGCGGGUGUCUCGCCAACUGGUAGCAGCUUGCCCUAUGCUGUGACGAAAGCAGCUUUGAUUCAUCUCAUGAAAUGUCUUGCUCAGACUCAAGGCGCCAAGGUCCGCGUCAAUGCGAUCUUGCCUGGUCUUUUGCUCACUGAAUGGGGUCAACGCUUCGCCCCCGAGAAGAUCGAUGCUUGGACGAGUGCAACUGCACUCAAGCGCGUGCCCGAAGUGGAAGACUGCGCGGAUAUGUUCAUCACACUUGCCAAAAAUGCUUCGAUGACAGGACAAGCUAUCCAGAUUGAUUCCGGGUUCUCUAAAUAG